AUGCCGCUCGAGUCGUGCAUGCUCGUGCUCGACAACUCCGAGUACAUGAGGAAUGGCGACUACACCCCAACACGAUUCCAGGCUCAGGCUCAGGCCGUCUCUGCCGUCUUCACUGCCAAGACAGAUGCCAACCCCGAGUCUGCUGUCGGUCUCAUGACCAUGGCCGGCAAGUCGCCUUCCCUCCUCGUGACCCCAACCAACGACCUGGGCAAGCUGCUCUCUGCGCUCAACAAGGCGAGCAUCGGUGGCGUCUCGGACCUCAUCACCUCGAUCCAGAUCGCCCAGCUUGCCCUCAAACACCGCGAGAACAAGAACCAGCGUCAACGUAUCGUCGCGUUUGUCGGUUCCCCACUCGACGACUCAAAGGACGAGCUCGUCAAGCUUGGCAAGCGUCUGCGCAAGAACAACGUCCUCAUUGACAUUGUGACCUUUGGCGACGAGGGCAUGGCCAACGACGACAAGAUCAACGCCCUCGUCGAGGCUGCCGGCGCCGGCGAGAGCCACCUCGUCUCGGUCGCACCAGGCCCCCACCUCCUCUCGGACAUUAUCCAGCAGAGCCCCAUCCUGUUCGACCCCGAGCGCGCCGGUCCCUCGGGAGGCGACAUGGGCGGCGGUGGAGGCGGCGGCGCCGACGACUUUGACCCCUCGAGCGACCCCGAGCUUGCCAUGGCUCUCCGCAUGUCCCUGCAAGAGGCCCAGGAGCGGGAAGCGCGCGAGCGCGGCACCACGUCGACCACUGCCGCCGCCGCCGCCAGCGCUGGCGAUGACAAGGGCAACGUCGGCACCGAGGCGUCCGAGCUCGAGGUCAUCCCGCAGGACGUGGCCGUCCCCGCCAACCCUGAAGCGGGCCACCAGGCCGGCUUCCCAGCGAGCGUGACCUCGCCGCUCCGCAACGCCAACGAUAGCACCAUCCCCGAGGCCCCCGGAGACGACGAGCACAUGUACGACGACGAGGAUGAGGACGACGAGGACGAGGAGCUUCGCCGCGCCAUGGCCUUGUCCCGCGGCGACGACCCUGACGCGGACGUGCUCAUGGCCGAAGACGAGGACGACGAGGACGAGGACGCAGCGAUCGCCCGCGCUAUCGCCAUGAGCCUCGAGGACCAGAAGCAGCAGGACAACGAGUCCAAGUAG